ACCUAUUCCGUAGCUACCGUCGGGCCGGGCUCCAAUAUCUGCACGGAUGGAAGCAGUGGAAGGGAACCGGGAUCGCGAAGAUUCUUCGUCUUAUGUAGAGACGUCGUUCGUCGACGAAGGCACUGUUGCUGAAACCGUGGGAAAGGAAUAAAUAUCUCUCGAGGUCCGGAUUCUAUUCGCUGUACACUCAUUCGCCCUUCAAGUCGAAGCCAGAAGUUCAAUAUACAGACUCCAUCACCAUCAUCAUGCAGUUCACCGCCGCGCUUCUGUCUACCAUCGCACUCCUUGCCACGUCGGCUUCGGCGCAUGGUGGAGUAGGAGUGUACACCUUUGGCGGAAAGGACUGGCCAGGAUGGCAGCCCUACAACUCCGCGACGGGACAAUCUACCAUCCAGCGCCAGUACAGCAGCUACGACCCCAUCCUGACGCCCACUGGCACCAACAUCCGCUGCAACAACGCUGGGCAGACUUCGACGCUGCAUGGAUCGAUUGCUGCUGGCUCCCAGAUCACUGCCCAAUGGACGCAAUGGACACACGCGGAGGGUCCCGUGACGGUAUACAUGGCCAAGUGCCCAGCAUCGUGCGCAGACUUCGACGGCUCCGGAGCAGUAUGGUUUAAGAUCGACGAGGCCGGACUGAUCUCUGGAACCGUCAACCAAGGCCGCUGGGGCAACACGGUGGUCCUCGAGACGCUGAAGUGGACUUCUACGAUCCCUGCGGCUCUGGCGCCGGGGAACUACCUGGUCCGCCACGAGCUCCUGGCGCUGCACCAAGCGAACACUCCGCAGUUCUACCCGGAGUGCGCACAGCUCACCGUUACCGGCUCGGGCACCGAGUCGCCGUCGGGAGAAUACGUCGUCUCGCUCCCGGGAGCCUUCUCCAUGUCCGACCCCGGCGUCAACAUCAACAUCUACUCGUCCACGGCGACGACGUACCAAGUGCCAGGGCCAAAGGUGUGGACGGGCUCUGGAGGGAAGGCAAGCACCGUGGUGUCCCCCACGACCGCGGCUACUACGCCUGCAACCACAGCCCCCACCACAGCCGCCUCUAGCGCUCCACCUGCCGCGACGACCACAGCUGCGGCUGGCGGCACAGUCGCUGUGUGGGGACAGUGCGGAGGAACUGGAUAUACUGGUGUGACCGCGUGCGCGAGCUCUACGUGCGUCAAGCUCAACGACUACUACUCUCAGUGCCAGUAGUCGGAUUGUGGGUUUACGGCGGUGACGGAGGCUGGGAGGUUAGAGUCAGUCCGGAGCGCACGUUCCUUUCGUUUCGUG